CCAGUUCUCAAUUACAGCAGCUGUCGAACUACACCCUACGCACUACAGUUUAGUUUCUUCCAUGUCUCCGGCGUCCAUUGCAGCGCUUCGCCACCUCGCCGCCGUGCUCUCCAUCCUCGCUCACUGCCUCCUCCUCUCUUCCGCCGACGUCGAUUUCAUCUACAACGGCUUCCGCAACGCCGCCAACCUGAGCCUAGACGGCUCGGCCACCGUCCUGCGCGGCGGCGCGCUGCAGCUCACCAACGACAGCAACAAUAUCAUGGGCCACGCGUUCUUCGACUCCCCGGUGCAGAUGGUGAGCGACGCCGCCGUCGUCUCCUUCAGCACGGCCUUCGUCUUCGACAUCGUCACCAACGGCAGCGUCGGCGGCCAUGGCUUGGCUUUCGUUGUCGCCGCCUCCAAGGUGCUCCCCGGCGCAACCGCCGAGCAGUAUCUUGGCCUCCUCGGGAAGAGCAACAUGGGUGACCCCUCCAACCACGUGUUCGCCGUCGAGUUCGACACUGUGCAGGCGAACGGGCUCCUGAACGAGACGAACGGCAACCACGUUGGCGUCGACCUAAACAGCCUCGUGUCGAACGUGUCGGAGCCGGCCGCCUACUUCACCGACGGCGGCGGUGGCAAGAGGAACUUGACGUUGGAGAGCGCGCAGCCGAUUCAGGCGUGGGUAGACUACGACGGCAGCGCCAAGAUCCUCAACGUCACCAUCGCUCCGGUGGCGUCGACGGUGCCGACGCGGCCUCGCCGGCCGCUCAUAUCGCACGCCGUCGACCUCCUGCCGAUCUUCAAGCAGGAAAUGUACGUCGGCUUCUCGUCGUCGACGGGGAAGCUCGCGAGCUCGCACUACGUCCUCGCAUGGAGCUUCCGGACCGGCGGCGGCGCCGCGCGGCCGAUCGAUCUCUCUCGGUUGCCGAGCGUCCCAAAGAAGCCGGCGCCGCCGCCUUCCGCGUCCGUCGUCGUCAAGAUCGUUGCUCUGACCUGCGCUGCCACGGUCACAGUGAUCGUGGCGGCGAUCGGCGUCGCGCUCUGGCUGCGGCGGCGGGCGGCGCUCGCCGACACGCUCGAGGAGUGGGAGCUUGACCACCCGCACAGGCUCCCGUACAGAGAGCUCUACAUGGCGACGAAGGGGUUCAAGAACAGCGAGCUCCUCGGCGCCGGCGGAUUCGGCGAGGUGUACAGGGGCGUGCUCCGGCGAUCCGGCGACGUGGUGGCCGUGAAGAGGAUCUCGAGCAACGGGAGGCAGGGGAUGCGCGAGUUCGUCGCCGAGGUGGCCAGCCUCGGGCGCAUGCGGCACCGCAACCUGGUCGAGCUCCGCGGGUGGUGCAAGCGCGGGCAUGACCUCCUCCUGGUCUACGAGUUCAUGCCCAAUGGCAGCCUCGACGCGCUCCUGUUCGGCGGCGCACCGGCGACGGCGACGGCGACGGCGCUGACGUGGGAGCAGCGGGUGAGGAUACUCAGGGGCGUGGCGUCCGGGCUGGUGUACCUGCACGAGGAGUGGGAGCAGGUGGUGGUGCACCGCGACGUGAAGGCCAGCAACGUGCUGCUCGGCGCCGACGCGAGCGCCGCGCGGCUCGGCGACUUCGGCCUCGCGCGGCUCUACGAGCACGGCGGCGACCCGGCCACGACGCGCGUGGUCGGGACGCUGGGCUACAUGGCGCCGGAGCUCACCGUGACGGGCAAGGCCACCACGGCCACCGACGUGUUCGCCUACGGCGCGCUGCUCCUCGAGGCGGCGUGCGGGCGCCGCCCCAUCGACCCGGCCACCGGCGUCAACCUGCUGCGCUGGGUCCGGGAGCACGGUGCCAGGGGCGAGCUGGUGCACGCCGUCGACGAGAGGCUCGACGGGCGCUACGACAAGGAGGAGGCGAGGCUGGUGCUCUGGCUCGGCCUCGCGUGCAGCCAGGCGAGGCCGGAGGCGCGGCCGAGCAUGAGGCAGGUCUGCCAGUACCUGGACGGCGAGGAGGACGUACCGGAGGAGGCCGUGCUCGUCUUCUCCGACGUCGAUUCCAUCGACUUCGGGUCGUUGACGUCGCUGACAUGGUCGUCGUGCGCUACAAUGUCCGUCGGCUCGCUGAACGGUGGCCGGUGAACAGCUCUGCUGAACAUCAGCCUCAAGUUGCUCUGGCCAGUUGAAGAGAUAUGUACUGUAUCUGUAUGCCUACUACAUUGGGAUAUGAGCAUUGCUAUACGUAUGAUAAAAUUUCAUACGAUCA